CGCUUUGGGGUUUAAUCUUCCGAGUGAGUUAACUCACAACACCUUUUUACAGCAAAGUAUUGACAGAGAAGUUUAAAAUACGACUGUUCCUUUUCCCGUCCGCUUCGUGUAACGAGUGGAGGAUUUUUAGUUGUUUUUAGUUUUUACUUUCUUUUCCUCUCCGACCUGGAAGUUAUGUGACCUGGUUUGGAUCCGUAGGUAGUUGGUGGAGCUAGUUCCGUCUUGCUCUGCUCUUGGGAUGGACAGCAGGGACAAGUCUCCAAAGUAAUCAGGACUCCGGCUGACACAGGAAGACCAGGAGUGUCUCCGGUCUGUUUGGAGACGUUUCCACCCAACUUAACGUACUUUACAAGAGGAGCGCUGUGAUCACCAACUGCUGAGUUGUGAAACCUGAACCAGAAGCCCCAGGCAGACUGGCCCCAGGGAAGAUUUCAUAGAUGAUCAAUGAUCCUCAGUAAAGCUGCUGACGGCUGAGUUUUGGACACUGUGAUGGACAAAGACAAUGUGGUGGACCUGCAGCAGAGCACGACAGGAGAGGACGAAGGGCACUCUGGUGGAGGAACGCCUCCAGCUAAACGCAAAGGCAAGCUCUCCAAAAUGGGAAAGAUCUUCAAACCCUGGAAAUGGAGGAAGAAGAAGCCAAGCGACAAGUUCACUGAGACAUCUAUAGCUUUGGAAAGAAAAAUUUCUGUUAGGAAAACUCGGCAAGAGCUUAUCGCAAUAGGAGUGUUAAAGGACAUCCCAGAAAACGAAAGCAGCGAAGCAAACUAUUCCAAAGCUCCACCGCUGAAAAAUGGACAUCCUACGCCUAUGGAUGUGGAUCGGGUGUCGGAAGCAGGAGUGCGAGUAUCUCAAGGGGAGUCAGAUAUCAAAGGGAAUCCUGUCCGGCUUCCUCAGGGAGACGAACGUCGAAGCAGAGUGCCGUCCGAUUUUUCCCGAAAUAACAGGGCACCUUUGGAUGUGGACUCCCACGCCAGAUUCCCUGUGGAGGCUGAUAGACGGAGCCGUCUCCCCUCCGAUAUGGAUAAGAGAGGAGGAUCUUUACCUCGAGGACCUCCGCAAGAUGAUAGAUACCGCAGGGAAGAGAGGAGAGAUUACAAAGAUGACAAGGAGAACAGAGGGAGGAAGGACAGGGAAGAUGUGGAAAGAAGGGACAAGCGAGAGGAAAGGGAAAGGGAUGGAGUAGUUGACCGGAGAGAAGACAGAGACUCAAGAGAAAGGCGGGAAUGGAGAGAUGACAGGGAGAGAAAGGAUGAAAGGACAGACAGAGACAUUCGAGAAAGAAAGGAUCGGGAUGAGAAAGGGCGAAGGGAUCGGGAAGAGCGGGAGUUGAAAGAUCGGGAAAGAAAGGAUCGAGAAGGGAGGGAUCCAGAUGAGCGGGUAAAGAGGGAGCGUGAUGAAAGGAGGGAGGACAGGGACUGGCGACCAGAGCGUGAAAGGAGAGAGAAUCGAGACGACAGGGAGAGGAAAGAUGCACCAACGGAAAGAGAUGAUAGGGAGAGGAGAGAGGACCAGUAUAGAGGAGAUGACCGGGCAAAGAGGAACGAUAGGGAUGGUAAAGAAGACAGACCGGUGCCUAAGCGGUCCGUGGACGACUCGAAGCCUGGACUGAGGCCCUACUCGGAGAUGGACAUAAGGGCUCCUCUGCAAAAAACCUCCUCGGAGGAAAGCAGGAAAGCUCGCCCGGCCUCGGAUGCCGGCAGGACCACCCUGCCCAGAUACAACCCACCUGUGGAGUUCAGAGAGCGCUCUGAGUCCGCCGGGGUCCGCUUUGCCCCCGACCCUCCUCAUCGAGUACAGGACUCCCAGCGGGAACCUCCCUCACCCAAGCAGGCUUUGCUCCCCCCUAAAUUCCUCACCUCCGAUUCCGGCCAGAGCCCGACCCCUCCCUGCCUCUCCUCUUCAUCCUCUUCAUCCUCGGUCGACAAUGCUGUCUCCAAACCGCCGAGGACGGUGUCCCUAGAUGUGCCUCGACCUGCUCAUGCUGCCUCUGCUUCGUCAGCUGACUCCAACAUGCCUCCCCCCAUCCCUCCUCAUGCCAAGCAGCCUCCCGUCCCUCCACCUAAACCCUCCAACCGCAACAGCAGCCUCUUGCUGCCUGCAGAUCCUUCUCAGCCUGGCAACGCUGCCAUCGUAGUCCCAGUACCUGCCAAGCGCUCCCCACCAACCCCACCCAAGAGGAUGACGCCCGUCACCAACCGCCACUCAGUGGAUCCCUCUCAGGUCCCCGAGUGCCCCCCUGCCGAGCCCUCCUCUGCCCCUGUUGAGGUGCCCCCGGCUGUCCUUAGAGAAGAAAGCAAGGAGAAUCCAGCAGUUCCAGAGCCUUUGCCGCCCUCCCACAUACCUCCAUCACCUCCCAGGGUUAAGUCGCUCCAGCUGCCCAGCAAAACCUCCUUUGAUCCCUUGCCCACUGUGCAAGCUGAGCCCCCCAGCCCAACCACAGAGCCUCCCAGCCAGCCUCCACCCAUCCCUCUACACAUCCUGAUCCAGAGAGCUCUGGCUAACCCCGGCCCGGUUCAGCCCAAAUCAGAUGGCUCACAGAGGGCCCACUCGCUGCUGUUUGAGUCUCCUCCAAAUCUCUUCGAAGAGGCAGGGGGCAACCUGCGCCAUUCCCUCCCCGUCACCAUCGAGCCUCUCAGGCUGCCCGAGGAUGACGACUUCGACAUGGAGGAGGAGCUGAGGAAGCUCAACCCUAUGAGGGCUCCCCGCCAGCCGAACCUGGAGCCCCGCAGCAGGACAGGGCUGGUGGAGGACCCCAGAGUGAGCGUCAUCCCUGAGGGAGGGGGCCCCGAAGAGGAUUCGGACUCAGACGGCCCCAUCCUGUACCGAGACGACAAAGAGGAGGAGGAUGAUGAUGAUGAUGAGGAAGGGCCUCCAAGUGGGCUGGCGAGCCGUGUGAAUAGGAAAGACACGUUGGCUCUGAAGUUGGAGAGACAGGAGCGGGAUGCUCAGGAAAACCAGGACGGUAUGAGCUGGAACAACAAGGAGCAGUGGUUGGCUGUGAGGAACAAGAUCGGUACCACCCUUACACGGCGGCUGAGUCAGAGACCAACAGCAGAGGAGCUGGAGCAGAGAAACAUCCUUCAAGCCAAGAAUGAAGUGGACCGGCGGCUGGAGAGAAGCGAGAUUAAACGGAGGCUCACCAGAAAGUUGUCUCAAAGACCCACGGUGGCCGAGCUGCAGGCCAGGAAGAUCCUCCGCUUCCACGAGUAUGUGGAGAGCACCCACGCCGAGGACUACGACCGGAGAGCGGACAAACCCUGGACCAAGCUCACUCCUGCUGACAAGGCGGCCAUCCGUAAGGAGCUGAAUGAAUUCAAAAGUUCGGAGAUGGAGGUUCAUGAGGACAGCAGGAUCUACACCCGGUUUCAUCGGCCUUAGCUGCUCACAGCGACUGGUAAAGCACUUACACUGGAACCUGGCGUUACUACCUGCUAACCUGCUUCGGCUGGAGCCGAAGCUGGAGGAGCUACGCCCUCUCACCGAGACAGCCUGGACUAAAAGGAAGUUAGGAGUGAAAUCUUCUGCCCCACCCCGGCCCCCUGACAGUACCGCUAACCUAGUCUGGACCUGGUCUCCCGCUCACAUGGACCUACACGCCUGUUCUAAUGUGAAAGACUUGUUAAGCUGGUUUGACUCAGCCUACAGCGUUUCUCUGAAAUGUGCAUUUUACUGUAUUUCUUUGGAUCAAUUUGAUUAUUCUCAUGGAAACCCAAAUCACUAGAUUAUCUCUAAUAAGGCACCUUUUCUUUCUUAAUUAUCUUUCAUGAUCCUGUGUUUAUAAUUGAAUUAUUCAAAGCAGGAAAAUGUACAUAUUUUUAUUUUCCUGGCUGUUUUAUGGUACGUCAGUAACCGGCUACAGAUGUAUAGAUCACUGAUUGACUUUGUAAACUACUCAUGGCUUGUUUUAAUUGUAAAGUUUAUCAAUUAUUUCUUCAUAUUAAUGGUACAGUUUUUUUUUUUUUUAUACAGAUACUUUAAAAAGUUUUAUGUGAACACUGAAUAACUGAGAAAUCCACCUAGAGAUUAAACACUGAUUUUCCAAUCA